AUCUGCAUCCGAUAUCAGCUUUUUCGAAUCGGAUAUCCGAUCCGAAAUAAAAACUCGGAUUGGAUAUCCAAAAAUUCGGAACGGUUGCGGGUUGGAUUAUCGGAUUUCGGAUUCUCGGAUAGUUUUGUACAAGCCUACUUUAACGUUUAACAAUAGAUCAAUUAGAUAUCAAAAAUGAAAUUAGGAAAGAAAAUUUAGAUUAGAUAUUGGAUCAAAUUUCAUAAAAUUCCCCCCCCCCCCUAAUUGCAUAUUUCCAUGCAUGUUAGGUUAAGAUUUUUUUUUUUUUUUGAAAGAAGGUUAAGAUUUGAUUCCUAUCUACUUCAUAUAUGUAUUAUACAUGUUUUAGCAUUUAUUUUAAACUUGCCUAGUUGUUAAUAUCGUUGAUAAUUUUAUUCUCCUAAUUAUAGCAAAUGAGAUCAUCAAUCCAAAAACUAUGUAUUUCGACUUCUAAAUCUUUGGCAUCACCACCACCGCCGCCAUCCCAGCAAUAUCCACUACAAUGUGUGAUCAAUAGUACCGCCCAAUCAUGUCCUCACAACUACCCUACAAACUAUGCCUCUACGAAUCUUGGUCAUCCAGCAACGUGCCCAGACUACUUCCGUUGGAUCCAUGAAGAUCUACGGCCAUGGAAGGAGACGGGUGUCACGAAACAAAUGGUUGAAGCGGGUCGAAAGACAGCCAACUUUAAGCUAGUGAUCCUAGAAGGAAGGGUGUAUGUAGAGAAGUACAGGGAUUCAAUUCAAACUAGAGAUGAGUUCACUUUGUGGGGAAUCCUACAACUACUAAGGCGGUAUCCUGGGAGAUUGCCUGAUUUGGAGCUAAUGUUUGAUUGUGGUGAUAGGCCUGUAAUUCCAGCAAACAAUUUUAAGAAGCCUUAUUCUGGGCCACCACCCUUGUUUAAGUAUUGCUCUGAUCCAUGGAGUUUGGACAUUGUUUUUCCUGAUUGGUCCUUUUGGGGUUGGGCGGAGUGUAACAUAAAACCAUGGAGAAACACAUCUAUUGAAAUACAAGAAGGGAGCAAGAUGAUGAAAUGGAAGGACAGGAUACCCUUAGCUUAUUGGAGAGGCAACCCUAAAGUUGCACCAUGGAGGGCAGAUUUGCUCAAGUGCAAUGCUACUAACACUACUGAUUGGAGCGUUCGCAUCUAUUCUCAGAACUGGGAAAAACAAGCUAAAGUAGGGUUUAAAGAAUCCAACCUUAAAGAUCAGUGCACCCAUAGGUACAAGAUCUAUAUUGAAGGAUGGGCUUGGUCAGUUAGUGAGAAAUACAUUCUAGGAUGUGAUUCUAUGACAUUGGUAGUAAAGCCCACAUAUCAUGACUUUUUCAAUAGAGGGAUGUUGCCCUUGGUCCACUAUUGGCCCAUUAAGAACAAUGAUAAAUGCAAAUCUCUCAAGUUUGCUGUUGAAUGGGGAAAUAGUCACGUUGAUAAGGCUCAUGCGAUAGGGCAGGCCGCAAGUAGGUACAUCCAUGAAGAUAUGAAGAUGGACUAUGUUUAUGAUUAUAUGUUCCAUUUGUUGAAUGAGUAUGCAAAGCUAUUAAGGUUUAAACCCUCGAUACCUCCCAAAGCGAUUGAGCUUUGCUCCGAGGCAAUGGCGUGUGCAGCUAAAGGUAACUGGAGGAAGUUCAUGGAGGAAUCCUUGGAAAAAUCUCCUAGUAAUGGAAUUCCUUGCUCUAUGCCACCUCCUUAUGAUCCCUUAGCUUUUAGAAGUUUUCUAGAGAAGAAAGCUAAUUUGACAAGGCAAGUAGAGAUUUGGGAAGAUGAGUAUUGGGAAAAUUUGAACCCUAAAAGGAAACCUUGAUUGAAUUACAACUUUCGUAUUCUUGUGCAUUGUA